AUGUCAGAUGACAAUCUAAUGGACACCUUUUCGUUCACGCCGAUCUGUCUGCGUGUGGCUCUUUCACUCGGGAAUACACAGGCCAUGGACGAUGUAUUCAGUGUAGAAGAAUUUUUGAAUCCACUUGAACUCAAGGAGGAAUUUCAGAAGAUGAAUAUUGCCAAAGAGAAUAGUAAGAAGAAGUCCUCUAAGAAACGAAAUAGCCCUUUGGACCCAGCUUUGGAGGAACUUGCGGAUGAAUUAGUUUAUGUAUUUGAACUGCAUUAUAGAGAAAUAUUUGGGGAUGACGGCUACUGUGAAAGCACCGAUUAUUUUGAUCUUGAUCGCGCAAAAGAUAUUGUUAGUCAUCUGGAAGACAUGACAUCGGAAAAGGAAAUUAAGGUUGUGAUGGGAGGUGACAUGCUGAAAGGAGGUGUGAAAGUUGUUUUUGAUUACAUGGAAGAGUGGAAAGGUCGUGAUACAGGUCUUAAUUAUGCGCACAAAAGAGCAAAGGUGAUAGAACAACAGAAAAAAAGUGAAGAGAAGCGUGCUGAAAAGGUUUUAACACAGCCCGAUCAGAAUUGCGCAAGAAAGCCUCAAGUACCUAAACAAAAAAGAAAAAGACGGACAAAAGCACACGUAAAGGCUGAUGACAAACAUGCAAAACUCCAAGCUGAAUAUGACAAGAGAUGCAUUCACUGGCUUUUGGUGGAAAAAGUACCCAUCAAUGAAAUAGAUGCCAAAGAGUUAGCUUAUCAAAAGUAA